AUGGGGAUGCCAAGCAGCAAAUUCGGGAAGGAAAUACCGGAAAAAGAGCUGCAACCCGCCAGCGUGCCGUCGACGCCGAUUUUAACCCCGGAAACUAAAAAGUUCAGCGAUAAAGACCCGCGUUCUCCGAGCUUGCACAUAUCCAGAACGCCUCUCGAGUUGCUAUCGUCGGCCGCCGAGAAAUUGGAGAAGUUCAAAAACGAGGAAACGCCGAUCAAAAGCGCUUACGUGCUGGAUAUCGAUCCCAGAUCGCCCACCAACGACUUCAAAAGAACCCCUAUCGUCAUCGACGCGUCGGAGGAGAGCUACCCCAGCAAGCUCCACAACAAGAACCUGGAUAAAGUGCGGAGAUCCGAACUGUGCACUUCUCCGGUUCGAGAAUCGGGUAAAUGCUUGAGGUCUCCGAAAUCGGGCAUUCGGCCUCGAUUGCUCGAAAGCAGCCCCAUCAAAGCCAAGCCUGAUGUAAGGAAACGACGCUCUUUAGUCGGACUGCUCGAGACGAAUAUAGAUUUCACGGAAACUGAUUUAGAUAGCGUCUAUCAAGAGAAACACAAGACUGAUAUAAUUCCGCAAGGAGAACCCGCAUUACCUGAACCCGAGCCUGAACCUUCGGUGCCUACAGCCAACAUAAGUACAAAUUCGGAAGUGGAUGUAAUAGAGGAAAUUGCCGAAGUAAUAGAAACUAUCCAAGUAGUUAAUAAAACAGACGACAGUGAGAAUAAUUCCACUGAUGGAAACGAAAUAGAAAACAUUCCAACUGAAACCCAUUCAGCUCCAGUAUCGCCCCCUAGCCCUAUUUUACCGAGCAAUGGCGUAAAAUCAACAUGUCUUACUCCUAUUAUUAAUAUAACGGCGGAUGUAAAAGAACUGGACAAGAAACUAACCAAUUUAAUCUACGAAGAUAACCUGGUGGUGUGUCCGAGGAUCGUUAAAUUGAAGGACAACCCCGAGAGGUCUCCGUUGAGGAAUUGCAACGGCAACGAAAAUCGAGUAAAAUCCAUUCCGAAGUUAAAGGUGAGUGAUAAACCGAGGAGGUCCGAUUACGCUGUGAGCAAGAUUCCUGUAUUUAAAGAUAAGAGAGACAAAGUGAAGAAUCAGAUUCAAUGCGAGAAUACGCCCCCCAAAGGCAUCGAUAGAGUCAAGCAUAAGAGACUUGACUGGGAUGCGAAAGAUAAUACUUUGUACUUGUAA